UUUCGGCGUUUCCGCGCCGCACGGUCACACUCUUCUGUGUAUCAGAGCUGUUGUUGAUUUUUUGUGCAGAAAAAACUACUCUUGGCUUCCCGUGUGUUCCACCAUUGUCCUGCUGCGUCGCAUUGUGUAAUUGGAGCAGAGACCGCAUACCCAGAGGCGCCGGAACAGGGAACAGCAUCUGCGGGAGCAGAAGCAGGAGCAGGAGCAGAGCAGUCGAUGGACUACGAUAAGCUGGCGUUGAACGCGGGCGGAAGCGGCAGCGGUGCCGAACAGGAUUUGGGUAUGUGCGGUGGUCAGGAGCUGCUCGAGGGCAGGGGCAAGGAGAAGGCGCGUCGCUACUGGACGCCCAGCGAGGAGGAGCGCCUGUACGAGAUCUGGGGACGCGACAACUGGCGGCUGACGCGCACCGGCAAAAACACCAUCUUCUUUGGCCGGUGGGCCGAGGAGCUGCGCGACCGGUUCGCAGUGGACGUGAAGCCCGAGGAGAUCCAGAUGAAGGUCAACCAGACCAGGGCCAAGUUCAGGCAAGUCAAGAAGCAGCUGCAGGCGGAUCCAUCCAGCCAUGCUACGCGCUGGAAGAAGUACGACAUCAUCAACCGCAUCCUGAAGAACCUGCACAGGCCCAAGAACGCCGAUCCGCUGCCGCCAGAGGCCCUGCUCAACAACCGCGACAUGACACCGCCCCGGGAUGAUGUGUCCGCGGAGCAGUUGCAGCAGCAGCAGCAACAGCCACAGCAACAAUCCGUUCAGCAGCAGCAGCAGGGCCUGGGACUGGCCAGUGAGCCAAGUACGGCCACCUUUUACAAUAGCAGCAGCAAUAGUAAUCACGGCAGCAGCCACAACAACAACAACAACAGCGGCGGAAUGAGUUUUAGCACGGAGCUGUUCACGGACCAGUACGACGAGGUGGUCAAGCAGGAAUACGAGGACGAAGAGUACCGCUCCAUUCCCUUUCAAGAGCAGUUGCAACAGUAUUCACCAGCCGAGCCUCAGCUGCUCGAGUUGCAGACGCCACAACAGCAACAACAGCAGCAGCAGCAACAACAGCAACAGCAGUUCCAAGCGAACUAUGAGCCGCAGUUUCAGCAGCAGCAAACUCAAUUCAAUAACAACAGCGUCAAUAGCAAUAGCACUGCGGCCACAUCGAGCGUCAACCACCAGCCCAUCACGGCGGUAGCCUAUAUCAAUAGCAGCAAUAACACCAUCAGCGUGGCCACAAACGCAAACGGUGGCAUGUCCGCGCCGGUGUCGGCUCAAGUUCCAGCCUCAGCUCCGGCUCCAGCCCUAGCGCCAACUCCAACCUCCAAUACCGCCGUCGUUGGCGCCUCCCCCGUUCCUGUGCCACGCAAGCGAGGUCGUCCAUUCGGCUCUGUAAAUCCUCCACACGCAGAUUCGCUUGAGGCGCUCUACAUGGAGGAAGUACGGCGAAAGAACCAGCUGCUCUACGAACAGACGAAGAUAUGCCGACAGCGACUGGAGCUGGAGGAACGCAAGGUUGACCUCAUGCAGACCUUCUUCCCCAAGUGUCUCGAGCAGCAGGCGCAGAUCCUGAGCCACGUCCUGCAGCUGCAGCAGCAGACUCCCAGCCACCAGGUGCAAAAUCAGCACCAAACGGCUCAGCGGCCGCAGUGAACAACUCUUCUGACUUUCGAAACCUCAAUUUUGGACCGCAGUGUAUGAACAAUUGUUUUUAGAUACUGGGUUGCUGUAACAUGCCGCUUUGCAGGCUGAUCGGUGCCACUAAACUUAACAAAAAUCAUGCAGCACUGUUUAUAAGAUUUAAAAUAAACUUAAUUAAUAAAUAUAUUUAAAACCAGAAA